GUCGCCCAAUGUAUCUCCUCGGCACUGGUAUCCAGUUCUAAUAAAUUCAUCAGUACCAGAGGAGAAAUUAAUCAAUUUUUGUUUUUAGAUUUGAAGCAAAUAUUUAAAUAUAAACAAGAAAGUGUAAUGAAGAAAUUGAAUAAAAUGUGUUAAAGAAGCUUAGAAAAAGAACUGGGUGAUGAUAAGGAUGUGGAAACGUGGUAUUUCAGCUGUUCUCAAUUUUUGUUUUAUUCUUCAGCUGAUUCUUCUAGGCUUCCUCAUCAACGAUGCGUACGCUCAGAGAAGUCUGGAAUUUUAUGAUCUUCUUCCUGAAGACCCUAAACUCUAUGAUAAGAUGAGACCACCAAAGAAAGAUGGACAAGCUACUGUUGUGUAUUUUCAUGUCACAGUUAUGGGUCUUGAUUCUAUUGACGAAACGUCAAUGACAUAUGCAGCAGAUAUUUUUUUCGCUCAAACGUGGAAGGAUAAUAGACUUCGACUUCCUGAAAAUAUGACUUCUGAAUACAGAUUGUUAGAAGUAGAUUGGCUAAAAAAUAUGUGGAGACCAGAUUCGUUUUUCAAAAAUGCUAAAUCAGUGACUUUUCAAACGAUGACGAUACCAAAUCACUAUCUUUGGCUUUACAAAGACAAAACCAUCCUUUACAUGGUCAAGCUGACAUUGAAACUAUCAUGUGCUAUGAAUUUCCUAAUCUACCCUCACGACACUCAGGAAUGUAAACUACAGAUGGAAAGCCUUUCGCACACGACGGAUGAAAUGAUAUUCCAAUGGGAUCCAGAUGUACCUCUUGUUGUUGAUGAGAACAUUGAGUUACCACAAUUGCAGCUUGUUAAGAAUUAUACUGCUGAUUGUACUCAAGUUUACUCUACAGGUAAUUUCACAUGCCUGGAGGUGAUUUUCGUACUCAAACGACGUCUUGGUUAUUAUCUUUUCCACACUUAUGUUCCUACAUGUUUAAUUGUCAUCAUGUCUUGGGUAUCAUUUUGGAUCAAACCAGAAGCAGCACCAGCACGAGUGACUUUGGGAGUCACAUCUUUACUGACUUUAUCAACGCAGCAUGCAAAAAGCCAGGCAUCAUUACCUCCAGUGUCAUAUCUAAAAGCAGUGGAUGCUUUCAUGUCGGUUUGUACAAUUUUUGUGUUCAUGGCUUUGAUGGAAUACUGUCUAGUCAACAUUGUUUUGGGUGACUCUGAUGCUCCUGCACCCAAACCACCACCUCCACCACCAGCUACGACUUCCACUGGUCCUGGGGAUUCAACUAAACUUGAUAAGAUUUUUGAUAUUGCUUCCAAGGAGAAUGCAAUGUUGCUAUCGGGUCGUUCGCAGAAAUCUGCAAAUCUACCUCCACCAGGUCCUACGCCUGCUCAACGAGCAAGACUUCGAGCUCUCAACAUCGAUCGAACCUCACGAGUGUUCUUUCCGUUUCUUUUUGCAGUACUCAAUGUAACAUACUGGAUAAUGUUUGCUGAAUAUAUCUAAAAAAGGCGAGGCACUACCAACGUCUUCAAUAGUCUCGCCAUUGCCGUCCGAACUCCUUUGACGUUUACCUUACUGUUAACGUUGCUAUCUACGCUUAUUUUAUUCUUUUAAAUUGUUAUUAUUUUUUGUGAUAUUUAUUUAUUUAUUUGAUAAUAUUUUAUCAAAUGAAUAACUAGAUAAUUAAUGAAUUUUUAACGUGUUGCAGAAAUAUGUUAAUUAGAAAUGCGAUCAGCUUUAUCAGUUGUUGGACAAUUUUCUAGUAUUCUCCAUCUACAUUUUCAUCUGCUUCAUACCAAACUUGAGCUUCUGCUUUCUCUUAUCUUCUUUCUUUUUAUAUUAUAAUAAAUAAUAAAAUAAAUUCAUGUGAAAAAUAAGAUAAAAUUUAAGAAAUUAAUAUUAA